AUGUACAGACAAAUUAAAGUACACGAAGAUGACUGGGACCUACAGAGAAUUCUAUGGGUUAAUGAAAACAAUGAAGAAGUCUCUUAUCAAUUGACAACUGUUACUUAUGGAAUACGAGCUGCACCCUUCCUAGCAGUGAGAACACUACUGCAAUUUGUGGAAGACGAAGGAGCAAAGUACCCUCUAGCAGUGCCUUCCAUAAUUCACGGAAUAUACGUUGACGACAUAUUCGGAAGUGCGGACACUCCUGGACAGCUAGUAAAGGUUGCACUCCAGUUACGAGACCUCUGCAUGUCGGGCGGUUUUCCACUUGCAAAAUGGUAUGCUACACACAAGGACGUCACCACUGCAGUCAAUGCCAGCCACAUUCAACCACAAGCAGUUACUUUCGACAAUCGCACAACAAAAAUUCUUGGGCUUAAUUGGUCACCUCAACAAGAUAUAUUUUCAUUCACCACCAUAUGGACAUCAAGACAAGAUAGUAAAUUUAUGAAGCGCCUCAUCCUAUCUGAGGUUGCAAAAGUAUUUGAUCCACUGGGUUUUGUAUCGUCAGUUGUAAUCAAGGCAAAGAUAUUCAUGCAGGAGCUCUGGCUGCACAAACUACACUGGGACGAAGCCUUACCUGCACAACUAUCAUCCCAAUUGAUGACCAUUAGGCUCCUCUCGACAAAAAUUGCAUGGGUUUUCGGACGUAUAUCAACGGGCAAUCUCAGCCGUCAUAUACAUCUCUGUGCAAGAUUCACAUGGGACCACAACCACCCUGGUAUGCUCAAAGACGAAGGUGGCCCCAUUGAAGAAGUUGCCACCUUACGAAUGAACAUUGAUGCAUUCCACCUAUGGACUGAUUCCCGAGUGACACUGGCAUGGAUGCAAUCUCACCCAUCCAAGUGGAAGGAAUUCGUAAUCAACAGAGUGUCAUCGAUUCAAGAUCUUACACCCAAUGCCCAGUGGAGAUUCGUUCCUGGAAUAUCAAAUCCAGCAGAUUGUGCAUCAAGAGGCAUCACGUCAUUCCAUCUUCAAGAACACCCUCUUUGGUGGAAUGGACCACAAUGGAUUUCAAAUACUAAGAAUUGGCCACGCCAGCCAACUCCGGAUGACACUCAGUGCCAACAGGAGGCAAGACCCUGCACAACAUUCACCGCAACUACCUUCAAGCCACAACAUGCAUUGAAGUUCCAUACAGUCACUUCCAUACAGGAGGUUCGUCGCUCGGUGAGGAAUUCCCAAAACAAUAUACUCAGAUUGCGGAAGUACACAUGUCAAGACUGUCACGCUGGCAAUUCAUUCAACAACGCGUACAACAGUUCUGGUCUCUCUGGUCGACUCACUAUAUGCAACGACAGCAAUCCAUCUCAAAAUGGCACCACCCACAGAAUGACAUCAAAGAAGGUUCUAUUGUGCUCAUUACCGAUGAACGACUACCUCCUAGUAUAUGGCCACUCGCUCGAGUACUAA